AUGUCGCCUCUUUAAAACAGAAGCUCCCAUUCAUUGCAAAUACAAUACAAUCACGAAAGGCGGGUUUUAACUUUUAAAGAGGGUUUUUCAAUCGCUUACCCAAUUUCAAACCCUAGUACGAUUUGAGAAAACUGAAAACAAUGGCGUUUUCAAUGUUUUCAACUCCACAACAACAGCAACCUCAGUCACUCUUUCAGCUGCAGCAACAGCCACAACCCUUUCAGAGUAGCCCCUUUUUUUCGCAGCAACAGCCGCAACAGCAGCAGCAACAACUAUUUCCGCAGCAGCAACAACAACAGCAGCAGUUGUUUCUUUUUACCAACGAUAAGUCUCCCGCGACCUAUGGGACCAAAUGGGCGGAUCUUCAUCCCGAUUCACAAAAGUUUUUACUUCAGAUCGAGGAGCGGAUUUUGGAGUACAGGGAUGAGAGCCAGAGGCUUGAUCAGUGUGACCGCCUUUAUGAUUCUUCGAUUUCGAAUGAAGGGUUUGAGCUUGAUGCCAACCAUAUUGUUCAAGAACUUGGGGGAAUCAGCACUUCCAUGGAAAGACAGAAAGCUCAGCUGCAAGAGUUGAUGGCUUCUGUGAAAGAUAUGUUACGGAACACAGAGGUAGCUGUUCGUUCUUUCCUUAUGGUACGCCCAAGGUUUCUUCAUCCUAAAGUGGGAGGUGCUUCUAGUGCAAUGACAACAUUCCAGACUUCUGGAGCAGCACCAUCACCAGCACCAGCGCCAAGUUCCGCUGUUCAAUCAACAGCUACCCCAGGGGUGCCUGUUUUUGAUUUUUAUUGUGGACUUCCAAGGAAACCAUCCCCUUUUUUGCAGCAAACUGUUGCCAGAUUUGAGAAAUAUCUUUGUGAGUGCCGCCAAUGGAUUGAAGAAUUAGAGCAGUUGCUCCUCUUAGACUCUGACAGGAACUCCUCCAACCCUGGAUCAUCUUUAUUGCAUUCCCUUCCAGUGGUUAUGUCAAAUGUGCAUAGCUUUUUUGUUUAUGUGGCUUCCAAGGUGGAGAGCAUUCAUCAGUAUGUUGAAACUAUGAAAACAGCUUAUCUUGCUGAUCAGCGUCGCCGAGGAGAUCUUAAUGAUCCUUUUCUUGAGGCUGAUCGACGAGAAACAGCCAAACAAGAAGCUGCUGCUAAGAGGGUACAUCCGACAUUGCAUUUGCCUACAAAUUUACAACCAUCAACACAGGUUACUGGGUUGCUAACAAGUACAACAAAUCCUGGGGCAUCAGUUGCUCCACAGACAUCACUGGCAGCUUCAUCAGGGAGUGGGUUCUCUCAUUUUGUUACGCCAGUCUCUACUUCAGCUUCCUCUAUGUCAUCUUCUCUGUUUGCAACGCCUCAGAUAGCAACAGCUCAAUUUGCUGCUUCUCCAUUUGCCAAACCUCCUGCUGCACCUACCUCCGCUGCUGGAGUUUCUAUUUCUUCAACGCCAUUUGCUUCAGGUGCACCAACAGGAUCUGGGACUAGUUUCGGGUCAUCUCAGAGACCAGCUAGGCCAAAGCCACGAACUACCCGACGCUAAUCUCUGUGGCUUCACAUCUUGAAAUUCGAAGGAACAGUUCUCCUGCUUAGAUGAUUGCUUGCUUCUCAAAGUGAUCCGUUGUUAAUGUCAAAUUGACAUCUUUGCCCUUGGCAUUGUCCUAGUAACAGCUUCAGUUCCUCUCAAGUUUAUGGAUCUGCAGUGCUUUACUUUUUAAUCUGAGGGCUUCUUAUGCAUUGUAACGCCUCAAAUCUCCCACAGAUUAGGGUAAGAUCUAUGUUGGUAUAAUGUUGUAGAAUACUCCUUUAGGUGCAGUACUUAUUACCAUGAAGAAUACGAAAUGUGUCAAAAUAUACUCUGAUUUGUGACUUCAA